AUGUUUCCGAACAGAUUGAAAAUAGCGAAUUCGAUAUUGAGAUGUAAGAACUGUUUUUUGCAAGAUAGCUUAAAAACCUUUGGAAGUAAGCUAGUUGAAACACAUAUUGGUUCUAACGGACGAGAUGUUGUUCGUUUUGAAGCUGGGCAUAUAGCACGCUUAGCUGAUGGUGCUGCUGUUGUUUCACAAGGCGAUACUUCUGUGUUGGCAACAGUGGUGGGAAAGCAAAGCUCAGGAAAUGAUAUGGCAGAUUUUAUGCCUCUUACAGUAGACUUUCAACAGAGCGCAUCAGCUAUCGGUCGAAUUCCUACGAAUUACUUGAGAAGAGAGUUGCAACAAAGUGAUGCUGAUAUUUUGGCAUCUCGUAUGAUUGAUCGAUCAAUCAGGCCGUUGUUCCCGAAAGAAUACUGUGGUGAAACUCAGGUAAUUUGUAAACCGCUCGCAGUAGAUGAUGAUGGAGAUCCAGUGAUUUUGGGUCUUAAUGCAGUUUCUACCGCUUUAGCUUUGUCGGACAUACCUUGGAACGGGCCACUUGGUGCUGUAAGAAUAGCUCUCAUUGAAAAUCAGGUGGUUAUAAAUCCUAGUCGAAAAGAGAUAAAAAAUUCUGAACUGGACUUGGUUAUUGCUGGAUGUGAUCAAGGAAAGCGUGUUCUAAUGAUUGAUAUGGAUGGUGUUGAAAUUGAACCUGAAGUAUUUGAACAGUGUGUCGAAAGUGGUCUUCAGGCAAUUUCUCAUUUAAUUCAAGCUAUAAACGAAAUAUGCGAUUCGUGUGGCCGAUCAAAAAGACGAAAUAUUUAUGGAGAAAUAGAUAUAGAUUUGUUAGCUCUUACAGAAGAAAUGCAAAUCCUAUGUGGCACUCAGUUGCAAAAUAUUUUUACGGAUUUCGAACAUGAUAAAAUUUCUAGAGAUAAGGCUGUUUCUGCUUUGAGUGACCAAGUAAUUGAGAGUCUUAAAGAUAGAAGCACUUCACAUAAACUUCGUCGUGUCUUCACAAAUCUCUUAAAGAAGUCACUAAGAGAAAUGUUAUUCAAGGAUGGUAGACGAUGUGAUGGAAGAAAACUUGAUGGAUUUCGUCCCAUUGAUAUCAAAGUUGACGUUCAUAAAAAGUUGCAUGGAUCGGCAUUAUUCCAACGCGGUCAGACUCAGGUGCUCAGUACCGUAACUUUUGAUUCGCCUUCAGCCGCAUUUCAGCCAGAUGCAUUGUCACUGCUCCUUGGUGCUCAACAGAAAAAAAUGUUUAUGUUGCAUUACCAGUUUCCAUCAUUUGCCACUACUGCUAUUUCGCCUUCUCGACGGACUACACGCAGAGAACUUGGACAUGGCGCUCUAGCCGAAAAAGCUCUCAAGCGAUUGAUUCCUGAAAAUUUCCCUUACUGUAUUAGAUUAGCUUGUGAUGUUUUAGAAUCAAAUGGGUCUUCUUCGAUGGCAUCAGUGUGUUCAGGUUGCUUGGCUCUUCUUGAUGCUGGAGUACAAAUGAAGGCACCAGCUGCUGGUGUAGCCAUGGGUUUAUUUAUGAAUGAUGAACAAGAAUAUUGUGUUCUGACAGAUAUCAAUGGUUUGGAAGAUUUUGCUGGAGAUAUGGAUUUCAAAAUAGCAGGGACGAUGCGUGGUUAUACUGCUAUGCAAAUGGAUCUAAAAAUACCUGGCAUUAAAUUGGAUGUGGUAGCAGAAACUUUAGGGAGAGCAAGAAAAGGAUUAGAACACGUUCUUGAACUGAUGAGAAAAGCACAACCUGGCUGGCGCGAGCACUUUAAAAAUACAGUUCCAGUACAUGAAACAAUACCUGUUGCAAUUUACAAACGGCACAUUUUAUUUCGUAGCGGAGGAUACAAUUCAAAGCUGGUUGAGUCGGAAACGGGUGCUAAGAUAAGCAUAGAAGACGAUGCAAACAUAUCUAUCUUCGCGCCAAACAAACAGAAGCUAGAAGAGGCAAAGGGUUUGUUAAAUAAAAUAUUCGAAAACGAAAGCGAUGUAGAAAUGAUAUUCGGUGCAAUGUAUAAAGCAGAAAUAAUAGAUGUAUUGGAACAUGGUGUCAUGGUAACAUUGCAAAAAGGAAUGAAACCAAUUCUUCUGAAAAAUAGCAAUUUGGACACAAGAAAUGUGGCCCACGCUAAAGUGCUUGGUUUCAAAGUUGGCCAGAAAAUAAUUGUCCAAUACCUGGGGCGUGAUCCGGUCACAGGUCAGAAUCGGAGUGAUAUAACGAGUACGCGGUUUAAAAAUCUGGAAAGACCUCCGCGAAUGUUUUCAAAAUGUCCCGUACCAGAAAUUGAUGAAUAUUUUGAGUAUAUUGCUAAAAUUGGACGACCGCUAUUUAAAUGGGAAGUAAUACGGCCAGCCUUCCUUUGGAAACUCGAGUAUUAUUUCAAGCAAACAAUAUCAGAAAUGGUAUGUGUUGAAACGGAAUUAGCGGUGUCAGAAGAGGACAGAAAAUUACUGAUCUCAGAUGAUGAGUUACGUGAACAACGUCAGUUUAUCAUUCAAAAAGGUACGGAAUUUGAUGGGACACCUUUCACUUUCCAAAGACUUUGUGAACUUCUUACCUCUCCAACAAGACAUUAUAAACGAGCAAGUAAAUAUUUACGAGCACUGGAGAAGAAUAUCAAUGUAGUAACAACGAUUACGGAAAAUGGUGAGCGUAUAACAGGAAUUGAAACGGAUGCAGAAGACUUAGAUGCUGUUCCAUGCAAUCGCAUAGAAGUUCCAUUUUUCGUUCAGGUUGAUGAAUGUGAUACGCCAAUAGAAACAAAAAUGUUUGCCACUGGAUCUCGUCUUAGCAGAGUACAUGACUAA